AUGUCUCUAUCCUAUCUCUGUCUUCAUUCACAAAGAAAGAAUUAUCUCUUCCCUCUCUCUUUUCUUCUUCUCUUUGAUAAUGAAAUUUAUAUUAAUUUAUUAAUCUAUCGAUCCAUAAGGACUCAUCUAUCAUUGAUCUGGCCACAACAACAACAACAACAACAACAACAACAACAACACAUAACACCAACAACAACAAAAGAUAAUUAUAAUAAUAAUAGUGAAAGUACUAGUAAUAGUAAUAGUAAUAAUAGUAGCGGAGAUGAUAAAACAAUCCUUUAUUAUAAUGUAGAUCCUAGUCGAUGCACACAAUCACAUCCGUGCAACUUGGUUGGAGAUACUGAUCAUUGGACUGGUGGACAGUCACCCAAUUGCUCAUCGACCACACAGACUGCAGUUGUUUAUAUCAUUUCAAAUGGAACCGAUGUACCAGAGGAGACAUCUGCUCCGUCGUUGUAUUGGCCACUGGCUCGUAGUACCACAUCGACAACAUCAUAUGUACUGUGGAACACCACAUGCUCUAUUAUCAAGUUGGUGUGUAAUGGGAGUGACAUGCAAAUGACAGUGUCGUUGGAUGCUGACCAACCAAUCUUUGAUUUGGAGGUGAUUGGUGAAUCGAUGGUAAACGUUACACGUGAUCUGAAUGUUGGAAGGUUACAAGUAAACGAUACGGCACAGAUAACAGUGUGUAAUGCGACGACACUGCAGGUGGGUGCUGCAAUGACCAUUGAAGUGGGUGCGACGGUGACAUUGGACAAUUCGAGCGUGUUGACGACUUUGGACGAUGCCGUCAUCCGUGGCAAGGUAUAUGGCGGUAGUUAUGUUGCUCGAUUUGAGAUACAGGGUGCGACGGGCAUUGACACCGACUCGACAAUCCACCUGGUCAACGUGUCGAGCAUUGUGUUUAAUACGAUUGGGGUGACAAUCAACCAUGUCCAAGUCAGCACACCUCGUCUACUGACCACCACCAUCACACUGAUGAACACGUCGAUUGGAUAUCUCUCACAAGACACGUACCAGCGACGCAGCAGUGUUGUCAUACAGGGGUUCUUUGAAAACCACAUCAACCGCACAGGCACACUCCAAAGCACAGUCCUCAACCUCACGGCAACCACUCUGCCCGUCGUCUUUACAGUCGACGACUAUCUCAGCAUUGCAUCGGGGUCGAUUAUCUCCAACACACAAUACGCGACCGACUCUAUACUCAACCUUUCACCACUCUCUCGCGUCUACUCGCCAGCCAUUAUGUUUUCAGGUAGAGACACAGCCAUCAACAUCAACAAUGCUUCUAUUACUACACCCAAUUUACAGGUGCAUUUUGGUAGUAUUACUGUGACUGGAGAAUCGUCACAGCUCAUAUGCAAGAUAUCAAUGCUCAAUACAUCAACCAUUACUUUCAACUCUGAUAAUGCCGUGUUGACAGGUCGACUCGAGGUGGACAGCGGAUCAAACACAUCAAUCCAAGCAGACACGGUCAUCCGCGGUGACUUUGUCUUGGUCACUGGACAAACGUACAUCAAACCAUCAGCUCACCUAAACAUCUCUGGUAACUUUAUCAUGGGUCUUGAAAACUAUGAUAUCACUGAUUUCGGCACCACUCUCUACUUUAACAUUUCAGAUACGUCUCUACAACCAAUCAUGAUGGUUGACGGUAAUGUCGAUAUCAAAGGUGGAGCCAUCAGUGUCUCUUUGAUGGACUCUAUCCCGUCGUCAUCCAACUUUACCAAACUUCUCAUCCAAACAACAGCCAACCGCGUCUUUUGGUUGAAUGACUCUGUCUCUUCCAAUAGUGGUGGUCCCUAUAUCGACCUGUUUUACUCAGAGUUUAGAUUGCAACAUCACAGCGACAAUUCAACCUCACUUUACAUUGUCUAUACACGUCGACCUGGUGCACCUGGUCGCGAGCCCUCCCGUGCCCUUGCCGCAUGGGCCAUUGGCCUCAUCAUCGUCUCGGUCAUCACUCUAGUCAUUGUCAUUGGCGUUUUCAUCUAUCUUCGUCGUAGAGGACCUAGAUCUGGUUAUGGUCAAAUCAAUUGA